UCUGUCAAACAGAUUAAUUUGUUUAGGCUCACAGCAUAUUAGAAGAAUUGGCGCGGUAUUUUUGUAAUAAAGAUAUUUUAAAACGUCCAUUUCAAAAUCAAAAUGUGUGACAAGUGAUACAAAAUAAUGGCUAUACCUUGUGAAAUGUUGUUGCAUCCGGAACUGUUAACAAAUGAGCAGUUAAUACAGAUAAUUCAAGAGAGGCAUUUACGUGUGCAAAACCUGCACAGAAUGGCGCGAGAUGAGCUUUUGGACUUGUUUCAUCAAUUCUGCGUCCCGUAUGGACAGAGAAAGUACAGAGAUUCGGGUAGAGGGAAAAUUCUGAACAAAAUCAGACAUUCAAACCCAGAGCCAGUUGUAUUGUUUAACACGUUCAACGAUAGUAAUGUGAGCAGGAAGUCCCUACGCUCGCCUUGUGAGAGAAUUAAGCCGCCACCCGACUUGUUGUCUUGCCAUAUGAAGAGGAUAAAAUUGGAUAAUAAGCUACAAAACCAUUUAAGUCAAAAUUUCGAUAUAAAUGUACAUAAGAGGAAGAUGUCCGUUGAUCUUGAAUCCUGUGAAGUUGUGAGCAGUCCUCCAGCUAAGAAGGAGAAGAAACUUAUAACGUGGCCUUAAAAGUCAAUUCUGAUGGUUUAGAAAUGAUCAAUUAGGCAAACUAUGAAGAUGCCUCCGAACUAGAGGAACUUCAGAGGCUCUAUAUAUAUCUGGGUAUAUAUAUCUGGGUGUAGCUUUGAUUGAUCUUAAUUAAUUUUUCCCUUUGUAAAUUUGCAUCUGCCAUCAGCUUCAGCCAUAACCAGAUUAUUGAUUUUAUAAAAUUUUCAGGGUUUUCCUGCCCUAAGUUUUGUGUGGUCCACUUAGCCCAUCUUUCCCCCUGUUCUAGUAUGUGCAAUCUAUACUGUAUUGAUGUAUAUAAAGAAUCUUUGUGCCAAGUACAUCUUAAAUUAUCCUAUUUCACGGCCCUAGUUCUACACUUUGUAAUUUUCAUUAUUUAUGUUCACUGAUUCUAGUUUAAAUUAUUUUAGGUCUACACAGAGUCGGAAAUAACUUGGCAGCAUUGUUAAAACAUGUUCAACUUGUUGUUGUUUAAUAUUUAUUAUUUAAAUUAAUUUUCCCGAUUGGUUCAUCAAAUCUUUUUCUAAGAGCCGAAGAAAUUGCAAAAUAAACAUUUAUUAAUAGGAGAUUAUGCUAGAAUGUGUAAUCAAGCAGUAACCAUUUUUCUGCAUAUCUAUUUGUUUAUUAUAUGGGCUAACUGACUUGCUAAGUUUAUUUAUUUAUUUUAAAUUAAUUGUUGCCUUAAUCUUUAAAUAAUUGAACAAUUUGGGGCAUGUUUCAAUGCAAUAACAUACAAUACAUAUUGUUAGCAAAAUAAUUCUAAUUAAUUAAUUGGACAUUCCUAAAUUAUUGAGUUUAUGGGAUAACAACAUUCAGGCACUCAUAAUAUUACAUAAAUUAUUGUAAAUACUUUAGAUGGUAAGAAUUAUAAUUUGAAUGAUUGUGACAGUGAAUGUAACAGUUUUAUAAGUGUAAAGGCCUUACAAAUAAAUGGAAAAACAUUGGAAUAGUUAUUCAGUGUUUACUUCUUACAUUCUUAACGGCCGUCGGACUUUUAUUAACAAACAGAGCACAGUUUCCCUGGUUUUUUUGGCCAUGAUGAUCCAACUAGACAUGAGAUAUUGUAGUCCACAAGUGUGAGAAAACACAGGUGGACUCUAUUCCCUCACUCAUAUUCUGAUGGGACGGCAGUUCUUAACAUGCUCUUUGGGUGCUAACAGGGUUGAUCCAUAAGCGAUUUCCAAACUCCGGCCUGUUACUAAGAUUGAAAUAGUAUUCAUUGGCCCAACCGAGGAAAAAACCCAGAACCUUGUGAUCUGCAGUUGCUAAUGCUCACCACAAGACCAAUGAGGCAGUCCGGGCCAACAACAAAUUGCAUGAACGUCAACAUAGUGGAAACUUGUAAUUGUUUGUCAGUUCAGCACCAACUGAGAGCACCUUUCAAUGUCAGAGUGUGACAAAACACUGAACAACUAAUCUUAUUCCAUAUUUAAAAGUUCAUUUCUGUAUAUGUCCAUAUUUGUAGGUAUGUGUACAGUGAAAUAAAUGUAAAAAUUCUUUAUUUGUAGGGCUAUCAAUGGUUACUGGAACUACUAAACUGUUUUGCUGAAUUUGUGUUUAUGUGAAAAUGUACAUACUUUCAUAAUAAUAUUACAAACGUGACAUUGUGUUUGUAUGUUUGUCAACCACUGCAUGGAAAUACCUUCCAUAUAUAUAAACAGAAAUAUCUAGAAAGCUAUAUAUGUGUAUACUAUACAGCUCGCAUCAUGGAGAUUGACGUAGGGUACUUUUCAUCGUGGUAAAAUUACUGGUUUUUAUAAAAACACAGACUAUGAUGGCAAAAUAAUUAUUGCAUGUUU